AUGCAUCAUUUUCGCGAGGAACUUUCUAUCAUUGAUUGGCUAGAACAUGUUUCUCUUCCUCUUCCUAAACAGCACAAUAAACAGAACGACGAACGAUCCAAGAAGCGCAAAUACGAUCACGACCGACCACUUUCGCCACCGACAUCCCUUUCCAACUCGACCGGUACCAAAACCGACAUGGUAUCUCCUACCAAGACGCCUCAAACGCGUAAGAAGCGAAAGGCGAACGAUGCCAAUACAGAAGACCAAGAUGCGACACCUACACAAGCACGAGGCAUCCUAAACCUGGACGACAGCGAUACAUUUUCGCUGUCUUCCGCUUCAGUCAGCCAAACGUCGAACAGGUCUUCUCCGACAAGGCUGUUUCCGCAACUUUCACUCUACCCCAAAGGCCUUGAACGGAAGCCCAUGGAUCUGCGAGAUCGAGACCUUCCCUGCGAUCUAGUGAACCUUAUCAAGGAGAUGAAAGCAAUACAGAGGGGUCGGAAGGUUGUUCCAGCUUGUCUUGAGCCGACAAUAGAGCUGAAAAUACACGAGAACGAGAUCAACUCUAGACUUUACAGCGACUUUGACAACUCUGUAUAUGACUAUGAUGACAACGAGUGGGCAGAGCCAGACAGUCUUAUUGAAAACGUUAUGAGAACCGUCGAUAUAGCGUUAGAUUGCGACUCAACGCAACAAGAUGAAACAGGAUGGAAUCACCUCGUGCACUCGCCACUACUCGACCUCACUCUUGAUCGCCUGCCCCGGAACCUGGUUAGCUUUGUACCAUGCAUGGGUGCAAACAUCACAGCACGCUACCGUAUACCCCAAGCACCUGGCGCCAGAGUCGACUACGCCAUGUUCAUCAACCCCAAACUUGAAGACGACCCACGAAUAAAAAGUGCGAUCGAGUCCCUUCAGCGCGGGAUGCCUGAGGCAAGCGUCAACCAUACAACAUUUACACCUCUCAACAAGCGGCCUAUUAGUGUCAGUAUUGAGACGAAGCGGUUGGACGGGUCCGGAGAUAAAGCGGUUCUCCAGAUUGGAAUUUGGCAGGCCGCACAAUGGAAACUACUUUUCGAGCAUGCGGGAGAUGCGGUUAACAAACUUUCGUUCAUUCCGGGAUUAGUCGUCGAGGGACAUGAGUGGAAGUUGGUGGCUACGACGCACAAGGAAGGCAGAACGGUGCUCUGGACUAGUCAAAACUUUGGUGAUACGCUAUCUCCCCUUGGUACGUUCCAGACCAUAGCGGGCGUGCGGAGGCUCAAGGGCUGGACGGAAAAGGUUUAUUGGCCAUGGUAUAAAGAACAUGUGUUGAAGUUAGCACCUCAAUCAUUACCCGACAAGACGUGA